UGAACAGCCAAACAAUACAGGACUUCAAUUCGCCGACUCAACCGAAGAGUACGUAAAUCUAAAUAAAUCGAGGGCGCGGCUAGGCUCGUUUCCUAGCUAGAAAUUGCGACAAAAAAGAUGAGCAGCGACGCAAAAAGCAAUGGAGGAGGAUUUAGUGGAGGCCGUUUCAGGUCGAGAGUGGAGCACUACCUCUACAGUGGUGACAAGAAGCACGUCGCGGCUGGCAUCGCCAUCAUCACCGCCAUCUUCGGCGUCCCUUGGUUCCUUAUGAGUCGAGGAACGAAACACCAGUCCCAUCAAGAUUACAUGGAAAGAGCUGAUAAAGCACGGAGUCAAAGACUUUCUUCAGGUUCAUCUUCCGCUAAAUGAUUCUUGAAAGCUUUCGGUUAAAGGGGUGGAUUUCCCAUGAGCAUUUUGACAGUUGAAAAGUACGUGUUUGGCACACUAUCUUUUUCUUUCAACCUUGGAUAUGCACGUCUAAUACGGAACUUUGUUUACUCUUAGACAUUAAAAAUUGUCUUAUUGUUAAUUUGGUUUGAUUUGUCGAGGCUGCCUCCCCCGUAUGGCAUAUUCUAGGGGAUGAUAUUGAUUUUCCAGUUUCUGGACUAGGUGAUUAUAUUGAUUAGUAUAUCGAAGUCGAUGAGAUGUGGCUUUUGGUGUUUUAUUUGUAUGCUUAAUACUUGGUGUAGUAAUGCAUCUUGUGGUAUAAGGCCGGCUUUCCAGAU